UUAUUUAUUUAUUUAUUUAUUUAUUUAUGUUUUGCUGACAUCCCACAAGUAAGUUGCUAAGAGGCACAGUGCAGUUUGGCCCUAUCUGAUAGCAGUGGGCAGAUAAUAUGUGUGCAGAGUACAGCUGUGUGAAGACAAGCAUGGACACACAGAUAGAUACAGAAAGAGAGAGAGAGAAGUGAGCCAACAGGGGAGCUGGAGCCAGUCCAGUCGAGGAGGGGCGGAGUGAAGUGAAGUCGACAGCACUUUUUUUUUUUUUUCUCCCCUCCUCUCUUGUGUGCGCUCCGUGUCUGACAUUCUCGCCAACAUGCCUCGAGCAUGACAGUAAACUGGUUUAGCUGGGUUAAGGGGGAAAAGCGAUGUAACAGAAACACUCUCGACGAGUCCCACCUGGACGGGGAGCAGGACGCAGCUGUGGAGAGAGAAAACAUGGUGAGGAAGGAGCGAUGACGGGAUUAAAGUUUAACCGACGGCGAGCUUAACGAGUGAACUUCAGCGGGACUACAGUAUGGCACGUCGCUCUCAGUGUUCCUCUACUGGGGAUAACCCCCUGGACCCCAACUACCUCCCUCCCCACUAUCGGGAAGAGUACCGCCUGGCUAUCGACGCACUGGUUGAGGAGGACUUGGAAGGAUACUAUCAGUUCCUCCAAAAAGCCGAUGUGGUGGACUUCCUGUCCUCAACUGAGAUUCAGUAUAUUCAAGACUUGGUUCAGGUCCCUCAGCUGAGCAACCUCCCUGAACAACGCUUUCUGGACACUGUCGGAGAUGGCUCCUCAGACACUUACUGGCCGAUUCACUCUGACCUGGACGCCCCAGGUUUGGACCUCGGCUGGCCUCAGAUGCACCACUUGAUUGGGCCCACGGAGGUCACCACUCUGGUCAACCCCCCUGAGCCUGACAUGCCGAGUAUCAAGGAGCAGGCCCGACGACUCAUCAAGAACGCACAGCAGGUGAUUGCUAUAGCGAUGGACAUGUUUACUGAUGUUGACAUUUUUCAUGAUAUUCUCAACGCUGCCAUGAGGAAUGUUGCCGUCUACAUCCUCUUAGAUGAACAAAAUGCACAUCACUUCAUCAACAUGGUGUCCAACUGUAGAGUCAAUCUACAAUGCAUUCAGUUUUUACGUGUGAGAACAGUGUCUGGCAUCACUUAUCACUGCCGGUCAGGGAAAUCCUUCCAAGGUCAGAUGAUGGAUCGCUUCUUAUUGACAGACUGCAGGGCUGUGCUGAGUGGAAACUACAGCUUUAUGUGGUCUUUUGAGAAGCUCAACCGCUGUAUGGCACACCUUUUCCUUGGACAGCUUGUAUCGACCUUUGAUGAAGAGUUUCGUAUUCUGUUUGCUCAGUCCAAACCGCUGGUGAUUGAAAAUGUGCAUGCGCCAAUGGGAGACUAUAGCCUUUUACAAAAGAGGCAAUACUCAAGUGAAAGAACUUCACUGUACAGAGAGCCACGGAAACCGGACCCGGCUCAUCUGGAGGAUUGGGCGAGACAUUCCUAUGAUGAUCGUAUGGAUGUUGAUUGGAGGAUGAAGCCCCUUAAAAGAAUGGAACCAAUGCAAAACCCUGCGGAUAUUUACAGCAGAUUUCCAUCCCAGCAAACACGCAUGGAUCCGUUUUUUGAUCAGGGCCCUUCCAGGAUGAUGGAGAAUCCUGCCUUCAAACGUCACAGUUAUGCUGAAGGUCCUCCUGGUAAAUAUUCUCAACCAUUCCUGCAGCAACAAGGAAUGCCAGAGGCGGAGAACCAGGGAAGGCUGUUCCACAGGGGGCAGCUGCCUUAUCCAGGACCAGGACCUAGACCAGGAAAUGAACCAGAUUACGGUGCUUAUGAGAAGUUCUGGAACCAAGACCAUCAUUUAGCAGAUCAAUAUUCUGAACCUGGUUUACCACAAGACAUUGAACCGCCUGACUUUGAUCCUGUGCUUAACUAUCUAUCAACCUCCAGAAAUGUAGACUUCGACCAGGGCACAGGCAAAUUACCACCUGCAGCAGAUGUACCUUUUGGUUCAUCUCACCCAAAACGAUUGAGUGUAGGCCAGCCAUACCCAUGUCAAACCUCUCCCACACCUUCAAAUCUCUCUGAGCAAAAGCAGUUUUUCCUGGAACCUAACACUGAUCGCAAGGAUCCUCUGGUGAAACGGGGGCUAAGAGACUGGAGGAUUAGCUCAUAUCUCAGUGCAUAUGAAAAUCCAGAAGAUGAAGGCCUGCCAUUCGAACCAUCAAACGCACCAGAUGCCUUUGAGGAGCCCUCUAACCUCAUACAGCAAACAAUGCCAGGCAUAGAUUUACCAGUCUCUAAAAUCCCUAAUGUCAGAGAGUUUAAGGUCCCUGCAGUACCCAGGGCGAGUCAGAUGCCAGGUUAUGCCAAAACAUCUGCACGAGAGAAGCAGAAGAAAUUGCCUGAUGAGCCCACAGCAGUGGCAGCAGAACCGACACCUUCAGAAUCAUCAUCCACAGCUGAAGGGGAAAAGACAGAGGAGGCCGAGCAAAAGGAACCAAAAACUGCUCUUCAUAGGGAGGAGUCAUUCCGUCGGAAAUACAAUCCAGCUGUACAGAGGAGCUCGAGGUUAAGAUCCUCUCUGAUAUUCAGCUCUCUGGAGCAGCAGAAUACUAUCCAAGAUCCGCAGGAUGAGGAAAGUGACAAAAAUGAGGCUGAACAGGCAAAACAACCUUUUGUUUCUCAGGCAUUGGGACAAAGGAGGUCUGCUGCAAGAGGACCUUUUGAAUGGAGCCGUUACAUGAAGUCAUCCACUUUUGAUAACUCCGCCACAGACACGCCAGAUGAUGGGAACACUAAAGCAGAUGAUAAAGACUUGUCAAAGGAUGAUAGUUCUAAGGAUCUGUCAGAGAAACAGAAGGUACAAGAGUCAUCAGCACCAGAUGAAGAGCAAGCAAAUUCUUCACCACCAGUGCCCAGAUCUAAGCCUUCUGAGGCUGAAAUGCCCAAAACAGAUCAAGCGAUCCAGCCACCUAAACCUUUGCUUACCAAUCCGUUGUAUGUAGACAUGAGUGAUCCUGAUACAAGGCUAAUGUUUUUCAAAGAGCUGGCAGCAAAACGCAAAGCUGCUAAGGCUGCGGAGGCUGAAAAGAGCAAAGAGAAACUUCCGAUGAAACCACCAACUGAACUAAAAAACAUUACUGCUGUUAAAAAUGAGGAACCUGUACCACAAGAAACUGCAGAAAAGCUGGCUGAUACCACAACAUCUGAGUGUUUACAAACCAGAGUUUCAACUGUUUCUAACAAGACAGAGCUAGAAAACAGCCAACCAGCAUCAACUGUGCCUAUUUCUUCACAACCAGAGGUUCCUCCAGAACCAAAGCUGUCAGAUCUUGCUGUUGGAAAGACUAGCCCAAGUCAUCCACCUUCACCAACUAGCGCUACUCCUGCUAAUGUUCCCUCUCUUGCUCAAGGUGUCAAUAAAAGUAAAAACCCACCAAGCCUUGAUACUACCUCGAAAGAGUCACAAUCACAAUCAGUGAAGGUGCCACCCUCUUCUGCUGUGGUGAAUUCUAAAGCCCCAAAUCAAGAAUCCAUUCAGUUAGAAACCAGCAUCCCGCCUCCGCUUCCUGAGCUGAACACUGGUGGUUCACAGAUCAGUCCAAGUCCUUCACCCUCUAGCUCUGCUCCUCUUACCACUCCAGUAGAGACAAUAUCUUCUAAUGUUCCCCAAGGGGACUCAGACUCAACCCCAACUUCCAGCAUAUUGUCCCCAAAUGCACAGAAAACUGUCAGCCCUUUUGCCCAAUCAGUUGAGGAAUCGUCACAAAAAUCUGCCGCUUCUUCUAUCAGCCAAACAGAAUCUGAGUCCACCCAAGCUCAUGUAGAUUCUGUUUCCCAUCUGACAUCAACAGAGAAACCUUCAGCAAUUGACUCUGGACAUUUGGAAACGGCUGUUUCCCCAGACACAUGUGCUGCUAGUCCAGAGCCAACGGUAUCCUCAUUACAGCCCACUGCAGAGACAGAAUCUGAAGAUACUUGUCCCCAAAAAGAUGCUCCUGAAUCGGAAAACAGCUCUGUUCCACAAGUUGUUGGAGAUGAAUCUGCAAUUCUUGGAGCAUCUCAGGAUGCCAAAGCUGAUAGUACACCCCCUGAGUCAUGUUCACCUAAUGUAGCUGAUGUGGAAAGCAGAUCUGAUCAAAAUGAGAGCACUGAACCUACUCCCUCCCCAGCAGACCCUUCACCUGAGCAGACUCCAGCAGAGACGAGCUCUCCUGUCCAUUCAGAUUUAACUCCGAAAGCAUCCCAGUCAGAAAAGACUUCAUCUCCUCAAGAUGCACCAAUACAAGUGACCCCUCCCUCCAGACUUAACCUGACUGGACCUGUCGCCCCCUGUCCUGCUGAAACAGUGUCAUGUUCUACUCCUCAAAGUGAGUCUGUUGGAUCUGUUCUGUCCCCUGAGGCUGACAAAACAUUGUCUGCAUUGCAUAGCCCCUCGCACACUAACUCUCUUCCAGAGCAGGUUACAACAGACUCCAACGAAACUCCAGCAUCUAGUCCGGCUGAGCCCACCUCAGAAGUCCCAACAGAGUCUAAAUUGCCAUGUAAAAAGCCUGAAUCUGUGACUUCUGAAACUCACUCCUUAGAGUCCCCUGUACCUGCUGGAAAUAGUCAGGACAGUGAGAAAGAAGUAAGCCAAGAGCCUGAAAAGCCUGACCCUGGUGUGAACAAAACUGACAAUACUGAGACCACCAAUAAGGUAGAUAAAGCUGCUACACAGGAGUCGGACUGCAGUGAGAAAACAAAUGACCAAGUAAAGCAAAAUAACUGCUCCGAGGUGCCAGAGAUCAUAUCAGAUGAAGUCGUGCCCCAGUCACCACAGUCCAAGCAGCCAAAAUCAAGCCAGUCUCGCUACCAGUCAUCAACAGCCAACGUGCUCUCGAGCAGUAACCUCAGAGACGACACAAAGCUGCUCCUAGAGCAAAUAUCUGCUAACAGCCAAAGCAGGUCCGAGGCAACCAAAGAGUCUCCUGUCACCGAUGAUGAGAAGGAAGACGAAGCUGACAAAAAUGCCAAAAGGGAGAAAGAAAGAGGGAUGAGGUCAAUCAGCAGAGGGCAACAAGUCAAGUCAAGUCAGGAGCGCGACAAGCUGCUCGAGAGGAUUCAGAGCUUCAGGAAGGAGAGGAAAGUUUACAGUCGAUUUGAGAUGGCACCUUAAUUUGGGAUCCAAAGAAAGAAGAGAGGAUGAACAGUGAAUACAGUAUGUUCAAGGGGAAGCAGAUGAAAAGCUGAAAUGAUGACGGACAUUUUCUCACCACAGACAUUUAAGGGAAAUUUGAUUCCACCGUGGCCUCUCUGCAAAAAGCCACUUUGUUGCGAAGACGAGGGGAAGCGUGUAUCAGUGGCAUUGGAUUUUAAAGGGUAAAAUAACUUGAAAUACAAAUGAAUACAAACCCUGAUGUACAAAUUCAAUGUGUCACGACCAACAAAGGCGUUUUUUUUUACUGUGUGAAUACUACAAGGACUGAGACUGUAUGUGUGUGAUCAAAUAUAUUUUUACUGACUGCAUGGGUAGAGUGCAAUGUGUGCAACAGGUUGUUUCUACAAUGAGGUCUGUCCAUGCCUUUAAUACAGCACUGACAGCCAUUACAUUAAUGUUAGCUGGUUUUAAGUCAAAAUGUGAUGUUAAGCUGUAAAAGUUAAGAUGAUCUAAAGUGGGUUGUAAAACUGUAAGAUACUGUAGUUUAUAGUUAUAUAAUAAUAUUGUAAUAUUCCACAAUCAUGUUAAACAAAGAUGUUUAUGUUUACAUUUGUUUGUGAAACAAGUGGGUACAUAAAUUCAUAUCCACGCAGGUUUGUAAUUGUUCUUGUGUAAAUAAGUCUUAACUUUUAUUCUGUGAUAUCCAAAUCAAACUUGGGAAAUGAUGAACAAGCCUUGAUUGAAACAUUGCAGCUUAAACAUGUUUUUAAAAAUAUUAAUGUGUAAAACACUUCACACCAGAUAGCAUGUCAGAUUUUUUUUUUUCAUUUGAACAUUAUCCAUAGCGGUCGUUUGGUCUGAUUUUCAAGCUGCGUCUACUUACCUUAAAGGGUCAAUACACCCGUUUUACCCACACCAGCCGAAUGAUUUUUAGCGUAUUUAGAAGACUUUUCGAAACAAACGAGGUGUUUGAGUUUUAGGUGUUUCAGUAACUACCUGUAAGGCAAGAUUCCACCAGGGGUAUGUGAGAAAAUAUGCUGGAACCAAAACCUUUAAUUCACUGAAACCAACCCUUUAAUUGUCUCUGAAAAUGUGCCUUUUUAAAUCACAGCGUGUCAUACCUGCACAGAGAAACAUGGAAUUUUGAUACUGCAAAGACUUUACGUAACAGUAUGUGGAAUUGUGCUCUCAAACCUUUACAGUGGACAAACAAACAUUUGGCAUUUUUAAAUAAAACUUCAUUAAAAUGUUA